AGAUAGGAUAGGCUUUUCAUAGAUAAAAUUGAGACACACUCACAGAAUACCGAGAAAACCUCUCUUCCUCUCCAACAAUGGCUACCGUUUCACUGUGUUCUUCGCCCUCAACAACAGUACUAUCCAAGAACCAAACUUUUCUCAACACCCUUUCUGUUCCCAAAGCAAUUUCCAAUGUUACAUUUCUAUCUCAUUCACUUUCUGCUCUCAGUCUCCGUUCCUCUAAACCCAAUUCUUUUGUGCCCAAAUUCUCACAAUCUGAAGCUUCAGUUGCUGAAGUUGUAGCUGAAUCAGAAGAGCCUGUAAUUUCCCCAGUUGUGGAAGCCUCCUCCUCCAGCUUGGAACCUAAACGAGAAGAAGUGUUUGCUGUUGUUAUGGUCGGAUCUCGACAAUAUAUCGUCUUUCCUGGGCGGUAUAUCUACACCCAGAGGCUUAAAGGUGCAAAUGUCAAUGACAAGAUUAUCCUAAACAAGGUGUUACUAGUGGGAACGAAAACAAGUACUUGGGUUGGAAAACCAGUAGUGCAAAAUGCAGCAGUCCACGCUGUUGUUGAAGAGCAGUUGAAAGAUAAGAAGGUUGUUGUCUUCAAGUAUAAGAAGAAAAAGAACUACAGAAGGAACAUUGGUCACAGACAGCCGAUUACUCGGAUAAGAAUAAUGGGUAUUACUGGUUAUCAAGACUCACCAGCAGUCACUCUAGCAGACUUGGAAGCUGCCAAGUGAUUUUAGGGCUGAAGAUUACAUUCCAAUUUACUGUUUUCUCAACAUCUGCUAAUAGUGCCUUCCAAGGUGAUUGUAGUUUUGUAUAGACUGGGGAAGCAAUGGCGGAAAUUAAUUUUCAAAGGUGCAUUGAACUUCAUCUUUUGUUGUAAUUCCCAUCCAAUUUCCUUCUUUGCAUGUAUCAUUUCGUUGGGCAGUGUAUUCGAGUUUGCACAUUGAAGAGAUAUUUUUUCUAUUGAGUUCAACCAAUUAUUCUCUGCACUCA